AUGGGUAUCUGCAGCUCUACCUGCUGCGGAGGGCGAGCCCGCGAUGGCUUGUACGAACCUGUCCUUGCCGAUAGCGAACGAGAGGCUGUAGCCGACCUUCUUCAAUACCUCGAAAACCGCGGCGAGACCGACUUCUUCUCUGGAGAACCUCUGCGUGCUUUGAGCACUCUAGUAUUCUCGGAAAACAUUGAUCUUCAACGAAGUGCUAGUUUGACUUUUGCUGAGAUCACCGAACGAGAUGUCCGAGAGGUCGACCGCGAUACCCUCGAGCCAAUACUCUUCCUCCUCCAGAGCCCUGACAUCGAGGUUCAACGGGCAGCCAGUGCUGCACUCGGAAACCUGGCUGUUGACACCGAGAACAAGGUUCUUAUUGUACAACUUGGUGGUUUGACACCUUUAAUCCGACAGAUGAUGUCUCCCAACGUCGAGGUUCAGUGCAAUGCUGUAGGAUGUAUCACGAACCUAGCCACACACGAAGAGAACAAGGCCAAGAUUGCUCGCUCCGGAGCUCUAGGCCCUUUAACAAGACUAGCCAAAUCUCGUGAUAUGCGAGUUCAACGGAAUGCUACUGGCGCUCUGCUCAAUAUGACACAUUCUGACGAGAACCGACAACAGCUAGUCAACGCCGGAGCCAUUCCUGUGCUUGUACAACUUCUUUCCUCACCCGAUGUCGACGUUCAGUACUACUGUACCACAGCUCUAAGCAAUAUUGCAGUCGACGCAAGCAACCGACGAAAGCUGGCUCAAAGCGAACCCAAGCUGGUACAAUUUUUGGUCAACCUAAUGGACUCGACAUCACCCAAGGUCCAGUGCCAGGCCGCCCUCGCUCUCCGCAACCUCGCCUCGGACGAAAAGUAUCAGCUUGAUAUUGUUCGAGCCAAUGGUCUACCUCCUCUUCUCAGACUCCUCCAGUCUUCUUACCUACCACUUAUUCUUUCUGCUGUCGCCUGUAUACGAAACAUCUCUAUCCACCCUCUCAACGAGUCACCUAUCAUCGAAACCAACUUCCUUAAGCCACUCGUCGACCUGCUUGGAUCCACCGACAACGAAGAGAUUCAGUGCCACGCCAUCUCUACCCUCCGAAAUCUAGCGGCCAGUUCUGAUCGCAACAAGGCUCUUGUCCUGGAUGCUGGCGCCGUGCAGAAGUGCAAGCAAUUGGUUCUUGAUGUACCCAUCACUGUUCAGUCCGAGAUGACUGCUGCUAUUGCAGUCCUGGCCCUUAGCGACGAUCUCAAGUCUCAUCUCUUGAACCUGGGAGUUUGUGGUGUUCUCAUUCCUCUUACUCAUUCGCCAAGCAUCGAGGUCCAAGGCAACAGUGCUGCUGCCUUGGGCAACCUCUCUUCUAAAGUGGGCGAUUACUCGAUCUUCGUACAGAACUGGACUGAGCCUCAAGGCGGAAUCCACGGAUACCUUUGCAGAUUCUUGCAGUCUGGUGAUGCCACAUUCCAGCACAUUGCCGUGUGGACCCUUCUUCAACUGUUUGAGUCGGAGGAUAAGACUUUGAUCGGUCUCAUCGGUAAAGCUGAGGAUAUCAUCGAACACAUUCGAAGCAUUGCAAACCGACAAAUCGAGCCCGACAAUGAAUUCGAGGACGAGGAUGAAGGUGAGGUCGUCAACCUAGCCCAGCGUUGCCUGGAGCUGUUGGGACAGAGCAUGUCCAAGGCUCAUAUCGAGGGUUAA